AAUUUUUUUUCAAGAAUUCAAAAAGCUAUCUUUAUUUCUUCACUACUAAGCAAAUGGCAACUAAUUCAUUCAACUCCAUUCAUCAGACACUAAGGAGAAGGCAUUCUAUAGAUUGCUCUUUUUCUUCCUCUUCUUCUUCUUUUUUCCUCAAGCCAACAAUUACCAAAAACCCCUCCUCUUCAACUUCAUUCUCCAUUCAUAAUCUCAUAACUUUCUCUGUUUCCUCAACUACCCCUACCACCACCACCACCACCACCACCACUACCACCCCCUUCGAUGUCCUCGAACAACACUUAUCUUCCCAAAAAUUCCGGGAAGCCGACGAGGAAACUCGCCGUUUACUCAUAGCUUUAGCCGGAGAAGCAGCAAUUAAACGAGGAUACGUCUUCUUCUCCGAGGUUCAAUUCAUCUCAGAAUCUGACCUCAAAGAAAUCGAUUCGCUAUGGAGAAAAUACAGCGACAACAAAUUCGGGUACAGCGUUCAGAAGAAGAUAUGGAACACCAAAGUGGACAGAGAUUUCACGAAUUUCUUCAUCAAAGUUGGAUGGAUGAAGAAACUGGAAAUCGAGGAAGUAGAUCAGUACAAUUACAGAGCUUUUCCGAAUGAAUUCAUUUGGGAAUUGAAGAAUGAUACACCAGAAGGGCAUUUGCCAUUAACGAAUGCUCUGAGAGGAACUCAAUUGCUGAAGAGCAUUUUGACUCAUCCAGCUUUUGUUGAAGAAGGAGAUGAAGAUGAAGAAGACAAAGAAGAAAUUAGUAGUAAUAAUAAUUCUGUGGUAGAUAAAGGGAGUGCUAAAAAGGGGGGGUUAUUUGGGGGUUUAAGGAGUAAAUUAUUUAGUAAACCAGAUUACAGCUUUUGAAUUUUUGAAGAAAAAAAAUGUUUAUUUAUUUGUGAUUUAAUUACUUAAAUCAUUACAUCAAAGUAAAACUUAUGUGAUAAAAAGUUGAAUGAAUUAGAGUUUUUUUCCUUAA